AUGUCGGCUCACGUGCAAUCAAAGACAGAUGACAUCCAGCAAGCGGCAAGCGCUGGAGUGAAGUUGAAUGCGGAAGAUGUCACGCUGUUGAAGGCCUCACUGGCGAAGACGGACGACUCCUUCAAGUACUCAACUGCCGAUAUCAAGGCCACCGUCAAGUCCAUCUACCAUGACUCCAAGUUCUUCAUGUCGACCAGUGAAGUCCCCGCCGGCGUAUCCUUUGGUGUCAUCCUCGACAAGACCAACUUCUACGCCGGAGCGGGCGGCCAGGAAUGGGACACUGGUUCGUUAUCUAUCGAAGAGACGGCGAGUUUCGAGGUGGAGAAUGUGCAGGUGUACGAGGGGUAUAUCCUGCAUGUGGGGAGCAUGAAGAACGGCGACCUCAAAAUCGGAGAUGAGGUCAAAGCCAGCUAUGAUAAGGACCUAUCCGCAUCAAUCACACCGGAACCCACAUCCUCUUCUCGGCACUUCGAGAGGUUCUCGGUCCCCAGGUCGAAAGCGAAGGGCUCCCUCGUCACUCCGCUCAAGAUCCGUCUCGACUUCUCCCACGAUAAGGCGAUCGCGCUAGAUGACCUCGCCAAGAUCGAGAACAUCUGCAAUGAGUGGAUUCAACGAGCAGCGGCAGUAUUUGCCGAGGAGAUUCCGUUGAAAGAGGCGCAGCAGAUCCCUGGCAUGGAGUCUGUGUCGGGUGAGACCUACCCAGACCCAGUCCGGGUGGUGUCCAUCGGCAUCCCGGUCGAGUCCGCGGCGGUAGUCCAGGGGGACCGCAAGUGGCCGUCGACUAGCAUUGAGCUGUGCUGCGGAACCCACAUCGAGAACACCGAAAGCAUCGCGCAACUCAUCGUCACCGGUCAAGGCUCUGGCGUGAAGGGUGUGCGCCGAAUCUCCGCUGUCACCGGCGAUGUUGCCAGAUGUGCGACAGUGUGGGCAGAUGGCUUUAGGCUCAGGUUGGCCAGCAUCGCCAGGAUGGAAGCAAAGGACAAAGCUGCAGCGAUGAAACUCGCGACAUCUGAUCUCGCAAAGAGCGAUAUCUCACUCAUUCGGCGGAGCGAGCUGGCAGUGGAGCUUCAAGAGCUGCAGAAGGCAGUGGCGGAGGUGCAGAAGGCUAAAGCUUCGUCAGAUCGACAGAUGAUCCAAGAUGAGGUCAAGGGCUUUUUCGCCGCAAAUACCAACGAAGCCGUCUACGUCGGCACCUUUGACGUCGAUGGGGACGCCAAGAUCCUCUCUGCGGCGGCAACUGCGGGCAAAGCUCUCGGUAAGGCAACUUAUGUCUUUGGCCCAAACGUCGAGGGCGGCAGAGGCGCACACGCCAACUUUGUGCCGAGAGACGUCCUGGACAAGAAAAUCUCGGAUGCCCGGAGCUGGAUGGCGGAGGUCUCAGCUGUGGUGGGAGGAAAGGGUGGAGGAAAGCUUGAUUCGGCGGUCGCUGUCGGUCUUGCUACAGACAAGGUUGACGAAGCCGUCAAGAUAGCCAAGCAGGUGUACAUGAGUAGGUUGGAAGGUCAGUGA